GGGAGCGUAUUGAGUUGUGUAAUGAUAGGAAAUGUCAGUUAAGGGCAGUAAAAGGGGGAGGAGGCCAGAAAGGAGCAGGAUGGUGAAUAAAACACCCUAAAUGAAAGACGACUCAUAAUGGAUGUCCCGCUCUGCACUCCCUGCAACAUCCAGAUCUGUGAGGUCACCUGCGAUUCCUUCCGCAUCAUGUGGGAUAUGACGCCCCAGGACACAACGAGAGCCACGCACUUCUUCAUUGACCUGAGCCGCAAAGAGAGCAGGGACCCUAACCGCUUCAAACACAGGGAUGUGCCGACCAAGCUGGUGGCCAAAGCUGUGCCUCUCCCCAUGGCAGUGAGGGGACACUGGUUCCUCAGCCCACGAACAGAGUACUGUGUUGCUGUCCAAACUGCUGUCCGGCAGCCCGACGGUAACUACCAGGUGUCAGAGUGGAGCCAGGUGGUGGAGUUUUGCACUGGGGACUACGCAAUGGAGCACCUACAGCAGCUCCUUGACAAGGCCAAAGGCUCUGCAGGGAGGCUGCUGAAAUUCUCUGUGUUUUAUCGAAACCAGCAGCCAGACUACUUCGACUAUGUCAGGAGGGAAAGUGGGAGUCUGAUGCGUCCGGCCCUAAAAGACAUCAGUGGAAGUCAUGGCUCUCCUAUCAACGGCAAACUGCAGGGGGUGUUCUUCAGCUGCAACACUGAGUUUGAUACAGGCCUCCCUCCCAAAGACUCUCCUUACGGCCCCCUGCGCUUCCAGAUACCAGCUGGACAUCUACUGAACCCCAACAUCAGCCUGUAUUUUGCAGACUUCUACUGCAUGUACACAGCAUAUCACUAUGUAGUACUGGUGCUGGCCCCUGUAGGCUCUGCAGGAGACACCUUUUGUCGCACCCGCUUGCCUAUGUUGGACUUGGGCUCCAAUCCCUUCCUAACAUACAUUGAACCCCAGAGUCCAGGGGAAGAGCCUUUAUACUGCCAUGCCAGUGAUGUCAUCCUUGAGGUGCUUUUCUCAGAGCCGGUUCACUUGGAUCAGGGCAGCGUGGAGCAGAUCAGCGGGCACCACCAGCUCAAGAGUCUGACCACUGCCAAUGCCAAGAAGGACCCGAGCUGCAAAGUGUGCAACAUCAGUGUAGGGCGUUGAGGGAGAUGCUGAUGUGGGAUGAGAUAUGGAUGUGUUUGGGCCUACUAAACUGAAAAGACACGUUUUUUGCAAAGGACAAAACAGUAGAGUCCAUCAUGUGUAGGCCAGAGUACAUGGAAACAGCCCACCUCUCGGGGUGUGUGCAUGCUGCUGUUCCUCUCCCGUCCUGCCUCUAAUAGAAUAGUGAGUAUUUUUUAAAAGAUUUAACAGCGUCCUGCAGAUAUUCAUCAUGAUCACAGCUGGAAGUACAGUUUACAUCAAUCCACUGCUAAAAAAAGAAAUCUGAAGUAUGUGAUAGGCUUUAGUCAACCUUAUUUGUUGAGUUAUCUGAACUCUGGUGUUUUUGUGGAUUUUUUGUCAAUCUUUAUCAAAUGUAUUUUUUUUCCUGAAUUGUGUUUGCUUUCAGUUUCUGUUAUGAUGGCCCAAUAGUUUGAUGUGACUUUGUUUUUUUCUGUCUCACACAACCCAGAAGUGCAGAUGUUGGCUUGCAAAUGCUGCCCCUUUAUAAGUUAAUGGUUUUAAAUGUCAGACGUAUUACCAAAUGUGUUUCAGUUUGUACUUUCUAAAUGCUCUCUCCGUAAAGUCACUGCCAGAUGUUCUGUCUUUUAAAAAGGAACAUUUAAUCUCCAAAUGUCUUAUAUUAAAAUGUUUCUGCGUCCCCCCCGUCAAACACAGUAAUGCUUCUCAAAGCUUGUCGAAAAAAAAACAUCGGGUUAUGAUCUCUGACAGCAAACCUCUGCUCUCUAAACAGAGCUGAGCUAAGAUUAGCUCAGCUCUUGCUUUGGGGCUUGUGUUUGUCCCUGCCUAAUAAUCUCUGACCUAUAUGGGAAUUCCAGCGAUGCCCACAGUGAAAGGAACCCCCUCCCUGGUGCAUGACAGUCAUGCAGGAAGGGAAGAACAUCCAAAGUGUCGUACGUGACAGGACAGUCAGAGGAGUAUGAGUACAAAGGUCAUCAGUUUGAGUCUGAAUGUGAAAGAAAGCUGGAGAUGAUGACAAGUUUUAAAAAGCUUUUAUGCAAAACAGAUAUUGAGAUGAUUUAACAAACAAGAAGGAACAAUUUAAAGUAAAAACUACAAAAAAGGAUGUGAUCUAUUAAAGAGACAGGUUGAACUAUGCCCUCUCAUACAGAUUGUUGCCCCGACAGAGAUGCGAGCUAACGCACACAUUAAUGCUGUAAUUCUGACCAUUGUUGUUGUCCCAAAAAGGCUCACUCUGCCCUCCAGGUAAAUACCUUAAACAGAACUCUAUCUUUCUUUUGGCAUCUAGCACUUUAGGAAUGGUAAUGUUGAAUUCAAAGAUGUCUGUCUGAGGUCCUCCGAAGCGUUUCUUUAGGUACGUGCAGGGCACAUCUCUGUAAGUCUGCCAAGAGUCAAAGGUGAUGCGAACACUGACAUCCUUCUGGGGGCUGGUGUUUCUCACUCGGACCGUUCCUUGUAUGGUUAGAUCUGUGACACUGCAGUUCUCCAGGAUUACCAUGCUCUCUGCCAGCUUGGCUCGAAAGGCCUGAAAAUCUGCCGAGGGCUGUGGAAAGCCCAGUUUGAGGCAUGUUCCCGGGCAGCAGGUGCUGACGGUGCAGCUGUAGCCGUCCUCUGUCAUGCUUCCCAAAUCCUGCAGCGAUGGCAGGAGGUCGAGGUCAGACUGCUCCUCUUCAUCCGAAAACUCUCGCACGGCUGUUAGAGACAAUCCCUGGGAGUCAGCGAAAACAACGUGUUUGUUCUUGAUUGGGAUCAAAACAUCAUCAUCAUCAUCAUUCAAGUCCUCAAGGAAACGGGGGAGGAGGUGAUUGAGGAAGCCCUGGUUUAAGAUGUCAGGGGAUAGCUGAUGUGAAGCUGUAGGACGGAUGCAGGGACGCUGCGGCUUCAGGAUGGGGACCCAAACAUGAGGACACAGUUGUUUACGCUGGUUUAAGCACAGUGUGACAGCAAGCUCAGCAAGUCCAGCUGACUGAGCUGCUGACCUGAGGUCAACCACAGGCAGGACACUGUGAAAGAAAAAAAAAGUGUUUACAAUACAGACUGACGCACAAGAAGUGUGAUAACACACAUGUACAUACUGUAACUGUGAAAAUAAUAGGAUAUUGAGGAAAGUAUUACAAGAUAAAAGCAACAUAAUCGUAGAAAUUUAACAGCUGCAUUUGUUUAAUGACAGAAAGAGCAAUUUCUGGGCUUACCGUAAACUAGUCAUCGGCAUUGUGGUAGACUGGUGUUGAAAUUAUGGAAAUACUUUCUCAAACUUGGUUGGAGCUCUAAAAAAUGCAAAAAAAAAAUGCAUGUAUAAGGAAGAUGUAAUGUCAUGCAUUUAAAAUCUAUGUCCAUAAUUUUGCAAUCAUGAUGUAACCAAAAAAGAAGUCUAUUAGUAGUCCAAAAUCAGACUUACACACUUCCAUAGGCAGCAAGUUGUCAUCAGUAGUCUAAGUCACCCCUUUGCCCGCAGCAGAAUGUGGCCCUGGAUCCUAUUUAUACUACCUCAGUUAUAAAAUGUCAUGUUGUAAACUCCUCCCUAUUUUCUCUCCUGACCAAUCAGCGCAGUCUUUUGGUUUUGUGCUCCUUUAAACAUUCCUUGUGAGUAACCAAUGCUUAAUAUUCAUAAUUCCAUAUUUCAAUGUCAACAGAAAAAUGUUACAUAUAAAGGUUUAUAUGGAACUAUGUCUAUGUGCUGUCCCGGUUUACUUCAUGUUUUUCUACUUUAUGUAACUCUGCUCUAAAUUGUGGAAACUGUUCCAGACAUCUCAGGCUCUAUUCUCAGACCUGGCUCGUUCCUGUCUUGAUGGGACCACUGCCAUAGAGUUCAGAGACACUCUGAGGAGGGCAAGAUUACAAACAACUCUCAGCAUGCUCCUCACCUAUCUGAGGAAGAUAUUCAAGAUGAAUCCAUGUAAUGUUGACAUAUUGAGUUACAUAGAACCUUUGGCACACAUCCACACUUACUGAAAUCUAUUUAAAACAACACAUUUGGACAUUUUGAAGACCUUAAAUGUGGUGUACAAUGGAGCAUACUGGCUAAUUUGUAUCUUUAGGUCUUAUUGGAUGAUAAAGUCCAGGAAGCUGAUUCAUUUAAAACUGUUAAGUGCUGCAUUAAAUAAACAAUACAAUCAA